UCUGAUCUUCUCUUUCUCUCUCCCUUCACUCCCAUUUUAUUUCCUCUGCAGAUGACUGCAUGCAGCCAUGAGAAAAAAUGCCCUGAAGGGUUCUUCUGUGACUACCAUUUUGGGCUCUGCUUCAACCUCAGGGAUGAAGGCGAAUUCUGCCGCCAGGAUGCCCAUUGUGCCGAGGGACUCAUCUGCAUGUUUGGCAAAUGCCAAGAGAGGGUUCCUGAAGGCCAGGAAGGUGCCCGCUGCCAUCACGACAAAGACUGUGCUCCUGAACACUGCUGUGCCCGCCAUCAUGGGGAGAUGGUUUGCAGGAAAAGACUCCUUUUAGACCAAGGAUGCUACGUCCCAGAAGGAGGUGUUGCUUUCAGCAUGAACCAAGUCUGCCCCUGCUUAGAAGGACUAGUGUGCAAAAGGAUACCCCUUAAGCGAGAGGUCCCAUUUGAGUACGGGACAAUCAAAAAUGAGUGGCGAUGCCAAAAUAAAUAGGCAAACGGAAGAUACAAUGUUUGAAAUUGCUGUAUUUAUUCCAUGUAAAUAAUUCUGUACAUAGAUGCAUUCUGUUCUCUUCUUUCUGUUGAAUGUUUGCAAAAUAAAGAUGUUGGAACUGUGUAAUCCAAAUAA